AUACCACUAAGUUAAUUGCUCCCAUCUGUAAACCCCAGAGAGUUAUAAUACAGCCAUGACACUUUUAGGGUCUUCUUUUCAUCUGGGCUCAACAAACACACCGAAAUAUGUGGAAUUAUUUCCUGAGGAAAGGGUGCGUAACAGAGCAGUGAGAUGUUUGCUGGUUUGAUGCGUUGACGUGAAUUUCAGAUGCAUCGCCCUAAUGGAAUUAAUCUGGCUGGAGAGAAAUUGCAUUUCAGCGCGAAGCCAAGGCAGGGAUGAUGAGAAUGCACGAAGACAGAUCGCCAAGGCAGCCGACUGCCAUCCAAUGACUAUCCUGCCCUCUCAACCGCAGUGCACAUUUGCCGUCCGUUUUACAUGAGAAAACAUGUUUCUUUUUUAUCACAAUACCAAUACGUAUAGCCAAAAUCAGCAUCUCGAAUCGAGGUGAUGAAGGCUCGCACAUUUUAAUCGCUUUUCUUCAAGGAAUGAAAACGCUCCAAGAUGGUCCGCAUCUCAAACGCCCUGGGUUUGGUCAUAUUGAUGGUCGCUCUUCUCAUUUUAUCCUUAAUAAGUUAUGUGUCCAUUAGAAAGGACAGCAUCUUAUCUUCCACAAAAUAUGACAACAUGGGAGGACCACCACGGAUAAUGUUCCACGCAGGAUUUCGGUCACAGUUUGCCCUGAAUUUCCUGGACCCAUCCUUCAUCCCAUUAACCCAUGCUCUGAAUGAGGAGCUGCAUGGGAAACCAUCCAAAUGGAAAUUUAAUAGGACCGCUUUUUAUCAGCAAAGGAAAGAGAUCUUCCAUUACAUUGAUGUGGCCAACAACUUCUCCCUCACCAAGAACGGUGUACGCGUCGGCCAGCUGAUGCACUUCGACUUCUCCAGUCACAAGUAUGUCUUCUCCAUAAACAACAACCUGAAGUCACUGCUUCCUGAUGCUUCGCCCAUCCAGAACAAGCACUACAACGUGUGUGCCGUGGUGGGUAACAGUGGGAUCCUGACAGGCAGUCACUGUGGGCCAGAGAUCGACAGCGCCGACUUUAUCUUCCGCUGCAACUUCGCCCCUACCGACUCUUACUACAAGGAUGUGGGCCGGAAGACCAACCUCACCACUUUUAACCCCAGCAUCCUGGAGAGUUACUACAACAAUCUGCUGACCAUCCAGGACCGCAACAACUUCUUUCUCAACCUGAAGAAGCUGGAGGGGGCCAUUUUGUGGAUCCCUGCGUUUUUCCUCCACACCUCGGCCACCGUCACACGGACCCUGGUGGACUUCUUUGUUGAGCACAAGGGGCAGCUGAAGAUCAAGCUGGCCUGGCCGGGAAACAUCAUGCAGGAUGUCAACAAAUAUUGGAAGACCAAGAACCUGUCUCUCAAGCGACUGAGCACUGGUAUCCUCAUGUACACUCUGGCCUCGGCCAUGUGUGAGGAGAUCCAUCUGUAUGGCUUCUGGCCCUUCGGCUGGGAUCCCAACACAGGCAAGGAGCUGCCCUACCACUACUAUGACAAGAAAGGAACCAAGUUCACCACCAAGUGGCAGGAGACCCACCAGCUGCCCAGUGAGUUUAAGUUGCUCUACAAGAUGCAUGGAGAAGGUGUGACCAAGCUGAGCCUUUCACACUGUUCUUAGACAUUCCAUCCUGGGUGACCGGGCUUAAGAGAUUAAUUUGGUGACGCUCCAAUACAGCAGCUGACCUUGCGCUCACGUAAUAUAUUUUGUGACUCAAAGCAGACAAUGCAUGAUUUAGAAAUAAUACUUUUAUAUUACGCUUUCACUCUAGAAACACACUAUCAUAUCACCACUGCAUCUUGCCUCAGCUUUGUCCAAUGUAUGUAAUUCACACUAACACUUUGGGUUGCGAGGAACAUGGCGGAAUAUUCCAGAUGUGGAUUACUUGUUGAUGAACAUGGCGGAAUAUUCCAGAUGUGGAUUACUUGUUGAUGAUGACAUCACAAUGUAUGUUAUGCUGAAUAUAUCACACUAUAAUAGUACUCAUCAUACAAUAUUUCACAUCACUUUAUUUGCAUUGCUACCAUAAUUGUGUGGAUAAAUAGAUCAAUAAAACACACAUAACUUAUUUCAACAAGAAAACACAAGGGAAUACAUUUAAUGCAAAAUAAUCACUAUUACCAAACAGGGUUUUUCAUAGUGUAGGGGUCGGGUGGGGGGCAUACUGUAAUUGUUAUUAGGUUGUAGCCUUAUUUCAAAGGGAUUUGAUUGUUCUUCUGCAUAGUCUCAGGGAUGGAGUUGAAAUCAGUGUUUUUUUUCUAAUCAGAUUCAAAUGCCUCCACUGAGGUGCAAACAGACACACUGUCUAUUUUCCAGCCCUUUUGAGCAUACAGUGAAACGCCACAGGUGCCAGUAGACAGACAAUGGGCCCAGCCAGCACACUGCACUGUUAUCAGAUUUGUUUACAAGGCCUCUUUAUGUAUGUAAAUUGCUGCCCUAUAUAGAUAAAGAUACUGCAGUGAUAGCCCUAGUCCCACUAUUUUAUUGGGAUUCUGGUGAUAUCUCUGGUAAUAUUUCAGUUUGAGGAUGAAUAAUCUGCAUUCCAACACCAAGCCAUAGACUGAAUUUAAUUACAGUAAACUUUAAAGUACAUGUAUAUUGUUGUUAUCAACAUCAUUAAGAUUAAGAAUUAAAGAUGCACUAUGCAGAGAUGGCUCCGUCAUUUCCUGGUUCAAAAAAUUUGAAUAGUUUGCCUAAUUUCAGUUUAUGUGAUAACAAGCAAGUAUAGUGUAGAUAAUCAUCGUACCAUCCAAACCUCUGUGAAAUAUAUUUUCCAUAACCAAACAUGUUGGAUUUUUAACUGUUUGAAGCUGGUGUACAAAAACUAAAGUAAUAGAUGCAAAAACAAAACUUAAGAACGGGAAGCAUAGAAAUAACGCACCUAGAACAGAUCUACAGCUUCUUAGACUUGCUUUUCAAUGUGAAUUUGGUCGGGCCCCCAAAAAGUUACAUAUUGCAGCUUUUAUUUUUAAAGUGUCUGUGUUCUGUUUUAGUUUCAAAUGACUUCAAAUCUUAUAUUUUCAAAAUACGAUAGAACAUCAUAGUGAUAAAAGUGAAAGGGAUUUCACCAAUCACUCUUCACAUUGUGGGAAUCAGUGGGAUGCAUACAGUAAUAUAUAUAUUUUAUGUAUUGAACCACCUCAAAUGAACACUACUUCCUAUCUUUAGUCAAUAACACAUCACUAUUGUUAUGACCCAUGUAGCAACACAGGGAAAUGUUUUGCAUUCUACCACAUAGACAUUACUUUGACUUUUUAACCAGAUAUUAAUGUUUUGAUUAAUAAUUAUAGCAUCUUGUACAAAGAGCAUGAUACACUAUUGAAUGGCAUUGCAUGCAAGAGACUAACAAAUGUUCAAGGCUAGUUUUAUACAACUUUUUUGAAGGAGAUUAUGUUUCGAGGGGAUAAGGGUGUUUUUUGUUAUUAUUUGUAUUUGUGAUGAUAUUUUAAUUGAAAUAUCACCAGAAAUUAUAUGAAAGUUGUUUUAAAGCAUAAAUUCCUAUCAAACCACUGGGACCAAAAUGAUUAGUUUUACCUUUCUGACAAUGAAAGAACUAAUGUAACUUUAUUUUUUAUAUCUCUAGAUUAUCUUUACUCUUCUCAGCAAAAUGUUAUAUGAAAAAUAUCAAGUCAAGCUUCACUAUGUUAGAGGAUUGGGUAUGGAUUGGACAUUUUCUGUACUUAACCAUUGAUGUCAGUACAACGACUUUGCUCAAAUGGUACCACAUGAUAGCCACAUGACUCACAGCACAUGCACUCAUUGGGAAGGUGGUGACCCUGCUUAUGAGUUCAGAUUUUCUAUGCUCAUGAACCAGAUCAUUGGUUCUUUUCAAGUUCUUCAGUCUUAAAUGGAUGAUGUAUGCCCACAGAAGUAUUUUAGAACAUACCAAUUUGUUUUCCCAUCGUAGGACUGUCUGUCAUCAUUAUAAUAAUACAAAUAUAUGAUACAAAUGUGCCAUUAGUUUGUUAGGUAGUACUUUACUCUUAGUCCAUACCCUGAAUAUGUAGAUUAGAUUUGAAAUGUAAUUAGAUUUUUCCCUCUUAGAAUGUUUAUUUCAUAUAAGUAAAUAUACCAACGAAUGCCCAUUAAAACUAGACAUGUUAAUUUAUCUGAAUGUAACGUGAUUUGAAAUGUUGGCUUAAGAAUGGCAAUGAUGUACAACAAUAUCUUUCAUUCGAUGGAGGUUAUUUAUUUGAUGAUGUGUCGACAAAUGAUUUCCUGACAUAGAAAACACUUGGAUAGUUGUGUGGUAUAUUUGUCUUUUCAGUCUCAUCUAAUAGGUUAUGUUGGUGAUUUAUACUGUUUGUGCCUCCAUGAAUGUCUUCCGUUGACUGCUUCUAUGUACUGAUCAUCACCAAAGAAGACUAUAGUACUGCUCACAUGAAGGAAGGGAAUUUAUUCUCCCACACAUUUCCUUAGAGAAAAAUGUCCAAUGUGUGUGUUAGUGUGUGCCAACACUUUUGUUUUCAAAAGGAAUGGUACCAACAGAACCCAGUGGCAUAGCGCAGUUUUGCGGUCCCCCCACAAGGUCUAAGUUUUAUAGCUAAUUUCAUGCUAUUUUACAAUUUUUUCCAUGAGGCUGCGUGAAAAUGUUGCUGUUUUAGAGCUCAGGGAUUCUUGAAAGAUGGGACAAUCUCAACUUUUUCCCUACAAUUAUUUGUCUUAAUAUUAAUAACAUUUGAAAUAUAUAUUUUGAUAGACCAAAGUAGCAGCUAGCGUACCAUAUAAAGGAAAAAUCGUUUUUUUAAAAACAUUUUCAUAAAAUAUAAAUAGCUGGAUUUAACUCCAUCUGACACCAUAAAAGGCAUUUAAUUUGUACAAUUGGCCAACAAGUGUUUAACCCUACAGUUUUUUUUGUUGUUGCAUGGGCUGUGUCUCAAUCCACCGCAUCGGAAAUGUCGCCUUCUCACAUCCUCUGUGAAAGGUGGCAGAACUAGAGCUGUGUUUGUCAGUCCAUGAGAUAUCCCGAUAAUUGAUAUUCUCAGAAAAACCUCUGUAGCGUCCGAAAGGAUUGGCUAUUAUUAUGACCCCUCUAUGGAAAGAUGAGUCAUAAACACAAUGGUGUUCUCUGUUUUGCUCUAACCCCGACAAGCAUCACGGGACUCCUCUGAAGUUGGUACAGCCGAUCUGCCAACUUCUGUCUGUAGCGUCCAAACAGUUUGGGCUACACACUAAUUUGACCCCUCUAUGGAAAGGUGAAUCUCUCACAAACACAUACAUGUUGGUUGGUUUGCUCUAGGACACCCACAAGCCUCACAAGACUAGUCUGAAAGUAGCAAAAAUGUUUAUGGAAGAACUGUAUAUAUGGAGUUUAGUGGUUAAAAUAAGGGGUUAAAUAAAAAUAGUUUCCUGAUCUUUCUUAUAUCUAUCUCUCAGAUAUAGGAGAGACACUUCAGAACAAUCUUCCUUGUAAGUUCUUUGGACUGUUUAUCCAUGUUUCAUCAUAUAUAUAUAUAUAUAUAUAUACACACACACUACCGGUCAAAAGUUUUAGAACACCUACUCAUUCAAGGGUUUUUCUUUAUUUUUACUGUUUUCUACAUUGUAGAAUAAUAGUGAAGACAUCAAAACUAUGAAAUAACACAUAUGGAAUCAUGUAGUAACCAUAAAAGUGUUAAAUAAAUAAAAAUGUGUUAUUUUUGAGAUUCUUCCAAUAGCCACCAUUUGCCUUGAUGACAGUUUUGCACACUCGUGCCUUAAGGGGUCCUAAAAUUCCAAAUCAAAUAGUUAAAUGAUUCUUGGUAUGACCAUCUUGAAAUAAGGGGUCUUUAUGGUAUAGCUGACCCUGCUCAUUUCUAAUUAAUUCUGGAUUUUAGAUAAAUCUGACAAAGUUGACCAAAUCUCCAGACACAAGUUUUGAGAUAAAUAUUAAAGUCACAGAGGGCUAUUGAAUGAAACAUGAUACGUUUUCAAUUAAUAUAAUUAUUUUUUAAGCACUUUUUGGGAGAGUUUGAAAUUGGGAUCCUUUGCUCCAGGACAAGGGCAUUUCCAGGCAUAGAGCCGACAUGGAAACAAAUAUUGAAAGUAUUUGGAAAAUUACUCCACAAAAAGGUUUUCCUUAUACAAUUUCACAAAAAAAUGUACAUUUUAGAUCAAAGAAUGCAACAAAAUCACUUAUUUUUCAACUAUAAAAAAACUUUUCCUGCUGGACAAGGAUUGCCCCGACUUUCAAGAAUCCAUGACCUAAUUUCCUGCUAUUCUACACAUUCUGCCAUGAGGCUGAGAGAAAAUUUAGCAGUAAUAAUUUCCUGUAAUAAAAAUAUUAUUAAUGGCUUAUGAUGUUUUCAGUACCAUCUGCGUGGCCCGACCGACCUCCGGGGGUUUGGGGCUCCCCAAAGCUCAGGGGUGUGUGCUGCGUUUUUUUGUUGCUAUGCCAGUGAUAGAACCCCUGAAUUCCUAUAGGAUUGCAAAUCACCCAAAGUUGUGCUUGUAUGUAUUUCUUUGAUAAGGAUAAAGCAACCAGACAUUUUCCUGUCAAAAAGCAAUCAUUGGUAAAACAGACAUUAACUUUAUUUAAAAUGACUGCAUUUACUCUGAAGACUUUGUAUUAAAACAUAUUCAAAUCAUUUUUGUCUGGGUUGACAGUAUUUAUGGGCUAUAAACAUGUUCUAUACUUUAUUCAAUGUGCAUGACAAUGUUGUUCCACUAAUAAUCAAGCUGAACACCAAAUGUGCUCCUUGUCAUAUAGAACUCAUGGAUCCUGUAAUGCACUUUGCUAUCUCGGUUUGUGAAACAGAAUAAUACAUUUUCUCAUUUGCAUUUAAGGAAAUAACCAUGAUUGUUAAUGAGUUGUUGCAUAAUCUGUUAGGAUUAUAUAUUGUCAAUGAUAAAUGUAUGUGCCUGUAUUUUCCUUCCAUCAAUGCUUCAAUCUGUCAAAUAAAAUAAAAAAAUAAAAAAUCUGAUAUACAA